AUGGCGUACUUGAGGGUGUCCGGAACUAAGAUUGUCGACCAGAAUGGUAAGGAGGUCAUUCUUCGCGGAGCGGGACUCGGAGGAUGGAUGAACAUGGAGAAUUUCAUCUCCGGAUACCCCGGUAUUGAGUCCCAGAUUCGUGCUGCGCUAGCGGAUGUGGUCGGAAAAGCGAAGUCUGAAUUCUUUUUUGAUAAGUUCCUGGAAUAUUUCUUCCAGGAUGCGGAUGCGGCCUUUUUCAAAAGUUUAGGACUUAACUCCAUUCGCAUUUCUGUGAAUUACAGGCAUUUUGAAGAUGACAUGCAUCCGCGCGUGCUCAAGCCCGAGGGUUUCAAGCAUUUGGACCGCGUCAUUGACCUCUGCGCCAAGCAUGGCAUCUACACAAUUCUUGUUCUGCAUACUGCUCCGGGAGGACAGAACGGCGACUGGCACUCAGACGCCGGGACGCACAUCGCGAACUUCUGGAAUCACAAAGACUUCCAGGACCGCGCAAUCUGGCUCUGGGAACAAUUAUCAAAACACUACGCAGGCAACACUUGGGUCGCCGGCUUCAACCCCCUUAACGAACCGACGGAUCCCUACCAUACUCGCGUCGUUGACUGGUACGACAGAGUGUACACCGUAAUUCGGCAGAACGACCCACACCAUAUCUUGUUCUUUGACGGGAACACGUUCGCGUCUGAUUUCUCGCACUUCGGUGACGCCCACUUGCGGUGGAAGAACUCGGCGUAUGCAAUCCAUGACUACAGUCUUUUCGGCUUCCCAAGGUCGCCCGAAGAAUACACAGGCGACGAGACGCAACGUAGACGUUUGCGCAGGAGCUACGAGAAGAAGAGAGAGUGGAUGGACGCGCAUGGAUUGUGUGUAUGGAAUGGCGAAUGGGGCCCAGUAUAUGCACGUACGGAGUACGAGGGCGCAAAGACCGAAGCCAUCAAUCAAGAGCGCUUCAAGGUGCUUAAAGACCAACUCGACAUCUAUAACAAGGAUCGCCUGUCCUGGUCGAUCUGGUUAUACAAGGACAUCGGCUUCCAGGGCAUGGUAUACGUCUCCCGCGAGACGCCGUACAUGAAGUUGUUCAAGGACUUCCUUGCGCAAAAGCACCGCCUGGCACUUGACGCAUGGGGCGCCGACGACUCUCAGGUUCGGCCCGUGUACCAGCCACUUAUCGACCUCAUCACUACAGAGGUGCCACCUGAACACCAGAACCUUUACCCAUUCCCAGUAUGGAAGCUGUCCGACCGCGUCGGCCGCCUGGCACGCAACAUCUUGUUGUCCGAGUUCUUCGUACGCCCGUGGGCGGAGCAUUUCCGGGGCAAGAGCGUCGAGGAGUUGGACGAGAUUGCGCGAAGCUUUAGCUUCGAGAAUUGUCUGCACCGAGACAGGCUGAACGAGAUUCUCACCGAUAAUGCAAGUUUGGUAGCAGAGUAAAACAACGUGUACAAUGCACUCCGAAAUACAAACCUAUUUUUGGUGG